GCUCCCCAGGGAGGUUCCCCAGCUCCUCCACCUGCCGGCCCCUGGACACCUCUGUCAUCAUGUGGUUCCUGGUUCUGUGCCUCGCCCUGUCCCUGGGGGGGACUGGUGCUGCGCCCCCGAUUCAGUCCCGGAUUGUGGGAGGCUGGGAGUGUUCCCAGCCCUGGCAGGCGGCUCUGUACCAUUUCAGCACUUUCCAGUGUGGGGGCAUCCUGGUGCAUCCCCAGUGGGUGCUCACAGCUGCCCAUUGCAUCAGCGACAAUUACCAGCUCUGGCUGGGUCGCCACAACUUGUUUGAUGACGAAGACACAGCCCAGUUUGUUCAUGUCAGUGAGAGCUUCCCACACCCUGGCUUCAACAUGAGCCUCCUGAAGAACCACACCCGCCAAGCAGACGAGGAUUACAGCCACGACCUCAUGCUGCUCCGCCUGACGCAGCCUGCCGAGAUCACAGACGCUGUGCAGGUCGUGGAGUUGCCCACCCAGGAACCCGAAGUGGGGAGCACCUGUUUGGCCUCCGGCUGGGGCAGCAUCGAACCAGAGAAUUUCUCAUUUCCAGAUGAUCUCCAGUGUGUAGACCUCGAAAUCCUGCCCAAUGAUGAGUGCGCCAAAGCCCACACCCAGAAGGUGACAGAGUUCAUGCUGUGUGCCGGACACCUGGAAGGUGGCAAAGACACCUGUGUGGGUGAUUCAGGGGGCCCGCUGACGUGUGAUGGUGUGCUCCAAGGUGUCACAUCAUGGGGCUACAUCCCUUGUGGCAGCCCCAAUAAGCCUGCUGUCUUCGUCAGAGUGCUGUCAUAUGUGAAGUGGAUCGAGGACACCAUAGCGGAGAACUCCUGAAUGCCCAGCCCUGUCCCCUACCCCCAGUAAAAUCGAAUGUGCAUCAAA